AUGCUACGCCCAAUCACAGUCGCAAUGCGCCCGCAAUGGCACACAUACGAUUCGGAGGCAUUCGCCAACGCCAUCCUCAACACCACACACUGCUCAGCGCUCAUCAAACCAACCGCAGACUACAGUGACCUGUACAUCUCCCAUUCGUCCUGGUUCUCCUACAGUGCCACCAACCGCAUCUACAAGCACUACAAUUUCGGUACACGAAAGGGCGGCAGCGCUACGAAGAUGUCCUUCUCGUCGUAUGCGGGACAGAUCUCGUCACUUGAUGACUUCUACAUCAUGGACAAUGGACUGGUCAUGACUCAGACCACCAACAACGUAUUCAACAACGAGUUGUUCGAUCUGGUGCAUCCCGAGAGUCUGUUGGCGUGGCAACGCGUGCGGUUGGCCAAUCAGGUGGCGGAAAAUGGCAAGCAAUGGAGUCAAACGAUCGAAUGGCACAACAGUGGCACUUACAACAACCAGUACAUGGUGGUGGAUCUCAACAAGUUCAAGCCCAAAGAGGAGUUGCAAGACGGCCUUCUUUGGGUCUCAGAGCAGAUUCCGGGCCACGUGUCGUAUGCCGAUGUCACCAAUGUAUUGCGCGAUUCUCAUUGGCCAUCGUACAAUGUCCCGUACUUCAAAGACGUCUACGCCAAGAGUGGAUAUCCUGCG